AGACCCCGUGAUCCAAUGCGGAAGAAGGAGUUGAUCUGCGGCGACAACACAACACAAACGGGGCUCACGCGAACACCAGCCGGUUAUAUUCCCGUGUUGAACUCUUCCUCUCCGGCGAUGGACGGACCUGUCGGCGCGGCUCCGGACGCCGGACCGCCGGCUUACUGCAGAGGGAACGAGAACUCGCUGGUCUCCGCCCUGAAGACUCUGCUGUUCUUCACCAUCCUGAUGGUGACGCUGCCCAUCGGGCUCUACUUCGCCACCAAGGCCUACGUCUUUGAGGGGUCCAUGAAGAUGUCGAGCUCCGACAGCUACUUCUAUGCCGCCAUCGUGGCCGUGCUCGCGGUGCACGUGGUUCUGGCUCUGUUUGUUUAUGUGGCCUGGAACGAAGGCACCACCCCCCAAGGGAAGGGCAAGGACGACUGAGGCGGGUCCUCAUCAGCUCAGAAGACCCCCCACACCCCCCCAGACCCCAUGGGCUUCCAUCUUUACCCAGCAGCCACUUGGGCAUCUGGUUGUUGGUGCGUGAGCAGCAAGGUUAAAGCAUGAUCACUGGUGGAGGGCUGUGAGCGUCUCUGAGUCCCUCAGGAACCUCUGGCUGUGAGCGUGUUUACUGGACGGUCCCAGUGCUCCACUUAAAGAUGACUUCAAUGUGAACUCAUGCUGUUAACCUUCUGCUGCGGAGCCAAACUCGUCGUAUUCCUGUGUGUGACGUAGUGAUCCGUGUGAGGUUGUGCAUAUUCAUGUUAAACGUUUUCCAAUUUAUGAAUCCUUUACUUUAUGAGGCGAGCCCGUUGGGAUGUUCAGCUUGUUAUGAAUUCUAAGUUCAUAAAACCAACGGGACACGAGGGGCUUGAAGCCCUCGACAGGUUAGUUAUAUACAUGUGUAUGUAUAGAAAUAUAUAUACGUGUAUGUAUAUAUACAUAUGUAUAUACAUAUGUGUGUGUUAAUCUGUUGAAGACGACCUGUACGACCUCCCUGUGUAUAAAACUUGUCAAAGUCUUGA